UCCCUGCUCGUCCGCCAGCUCCCGCCGGACGCGCGAGCCGAGGAGCUCGAGGAGGCGUUCUCCAAGUACGGCAAGGUCAUAGACGUCUACAUACCCAGGGACUACUACACCAAGCGUCCCAAGGGCAUCGCGUUCGUGCAGUUCCCCAACCCCGAAGAGGCGGCCGACGCCGAGAGGGCGCUCGACGGCACCACGCUCUGCGGCGUGGAGAACAUCUCCGUGCAGGUGGCGCUGCAGAAGCGCAAGGACCCUUCC